AUGCCGGUAUUACCCAGUCACGAAAUGCUCUCCAAAAGAUGGUACUAUUCAAGUAAUGGAUGGGGCAGCGGCGCUCGAUGGGCUUUCUUUGCUCUUUUCGGUGUUGCAUUCAUCAUAGCCAUCAUGUCCAUGAUCUUUGUGAACAGAAAAAGACUGAGACGCGGUGUGGCUCCAAUUUAUGGAACUUCGUGGAUAACGCCGCCGGCUUACCGUGCUAAUGUCAACAAUAACAUGCCGGAGAACAACGUUCCAACUUACACUGCCCAGGCCAACGAGGCAGACAUGGGCUACUAUGACCAACAUGGAAAUUUUGUCCAAAACCCUAACGUUAAAAGUCCUGAGGAGGCUCAUGUGCGUCAAAAUAACACCGGCUACUCGGGUGCCACCUAUGGAAUGAACACCUACUACAUGGGCGGCGAUGCGCCUGUUGUCAACGAUGCAAAUGCUGGUCAAUAUCAAAGACCAGAAGGUCCUCCAGGCUCACCACCUACUACAUCACAGGCGACUGCCACUAAUACCGGCUCCUCGCAACCGAUUUACUCGGCGCCAAAUGUUCCUCCACCUCAACAGAAGUCAUAA